CCAGAACAACGGCACAAAAGGGCGGAUUCUUCUUCUUUCGGCUUCUUCUUUCAUUCAUAUUGGAUUCCAUUUACUAUUGAUCGAUCGUAAGAGAGAAGGAAGGAUGGGGAGAGGUAGGGUGCAGCUGAAGAGGAUCGAGAACAAGAUAAACCGGCAGGUGACGUUCUCCAAGCGGCGGUCGGGGCUGUUGAAGAAGGCGCACGAGAUCUCGGUGCUCUGCGACGCGGAGGUCGCUCUCAUCGUCUUCUCCACCAAGGGCAAGCUCUACGAGUACUCCACCAACGCCAGCAUGGAAAAGAUUCUUGAACGCUACCAGUGUUAUUCAUAUGCAGAAAGAGCCCUUGUAGAAGAAGAUCCUAAGUCACAGGGAAGAUGGUGCCAUGAUUAUGGUGAACUAAGGUCCAAGGUCGAAGCUCUACAAAAAAGUCAGAGGCAUCUCAUGGGAGAACAACUUGAAUCUUUGACAUUUAAAGAACUUCAACAACUAGAGCUUCAUCUUGAUGGUGCUUUGAGACAUAUAAGAUCCAGAAGGAACCAGCUUCUAUUUGAUUCAAUUGCUGAGCUUCAGAGAAAGGAGAAGGCGUUGCAUGAGCAAAACAGCAUACUGGAGAGGAGGCUCAUGGAGAGUAAUGGUGCGAUGGCUUUGACCGAGCACCCACGCUGGGAACCACAAGGCCAACCCCAGACAAGCUCCUCGUCACCGCCACCCUACCUAGCAACAGACUCUCUUCCCACCCUAAGCAUUGGACGCACAGGUGGAGGGCAAGUCAUACAGCCGCUUGACCGGGAAAACAACAGGAGUUUGCCUGCCUGGAUGCUUCGCCCUAAAGAGAUUAUAUCAGUCAGCUUUGGAACUUUGACGGGAAUUUGGACUCAAGGCUGGAUGUAAAUAACGGUAUCCAUGCAUGAUAUGAAUAAGCGAUUAACCCCUCUUGUUUCUUGUGUACUAUGUUCAUCAGAAUAAAUGGAGUGUAGCAACCACUGCUAUUAUUGGAAUGUAAAAGAAAAAUACGAUGCCAAAACAUGCAAAUAAUAUAAGUUCACGGUUGAGUGAUAGUUCUGUUCUCACUUUUAUGUAGCUGUCUGUGUUUCACUGGAGAAAAAGUCUCCUUAAAUGAUGGAGAUGAAAGAUAUGAUAAUUUCCAUUUUUCCUGGUUUA